UACAGCGGUCAGCGGCAUUCAAGCGUUUUCAACAUGGCGGACGAAAUUAAUACCAAGAAGAAACAAAGUGACAAAAAUGAGCCAGCUGUGGACCCUAAAGUCGUCAAAAAGUACUCUCGAGGGGAGAGAGCGAAAACUAGGGGAAUUAAAGAUAAGAAGUUGAAAGGAAUGCUCAAGAGAUAUGAAGGUUAUCACAACAAUGCUGCAUUGCAGGCUGCAAGAGCUGAACUUCUUCUCACUGAAGAACCAGGAUUCCUUGAGUCAGAGGGAUUGGAAAAAACAUACAGGUUCAAACAACAUGACAUUGCAAAGGCUGUAGAUGUAGCUAGUGCACAAAAGUUUUUCGAUUUAAAACUUGACAAGUUUGGUCCAUACAGAAUAAACUACACUAGGAAUGGAAGGUUUAUGCUAAUAGCUGGUCAAAAAGGUCACAUAGCAUCCAUUGAAUGGCAGAGUAAAAAGUUGACUUGUGAAGUACAUGUUAAAGAAACUGUCAGAGAUGCAAAGUGGCUACAUAUUGAAACAAUGUUUGCUGUUGCUCAGAAAAAGGCUGUUUAUAUUUAUGACAACAAAGGAAUAGAACUUCACUGUAUAAAGAAACAUGCGUAUGUCAAUCGUAUGGAGUUUCUUCCUCACCAUUUUCUUCUUGCAACAGUGGGUAAUUAUGGGGUGUUACGUUACCAAGAUACGUCAACUGGUAAAAUGGUGGCUGAGCAUCGAACUAGACUUGGCAGAUGUGAUGCAAUGACACAGAAUCCAUGGAAUGCAAUCCUACAUCUUGGUCAUUUCAAUGGUACUGUAACCUUAUGGAGUCCAACAAUAAAAGAUCCUCUAGUCAAGAUGUUAUGUCAUAAAGGACCAGUACAAGCUGUUGCUAUUGAUAAUAGAGGACUAUACAUGGUAACAACAGGACUGGAUGGAAGGAUGAAAAUAUGGGAUGUCAGGACAUAUAAGCAAUUACAUAACUACUCUACUUAUACACCAGCAAGUAACCUGUCAAUCAGUCAGCGCGGGUUAUUAGCAGUAGGAUUUGGACCUAAUGUGGAGGUUUGGCAAAAUGCAUUCUCAGAGAAACAAAAAGCCCCAUAUAUGAAACAUUUGAUCCCAUCAUGUUCUGUGCACAGUCUGCAGUUUUGUCCUUUUGAAGACGUUUUGGGUAUUGGACAUUCACAAGGAAUCAGUAGUAUUUUAAUUCCUGGAUCUGGCGAACCAAACUACGAUGCUUUAGAAACCAAUCCAUAUCAAACCAAGAAGCAGCGCCAGGAGUCAGAGGUUAAAUCUUUGCUUGAAAAAAUUCAGCCAGAAUUCAUCACUCUUGACCCAAUGGAUGUCAACAAAGUCAGGCAAAGCAAUGAUAAGGAAGAAGAUGAGGCUCCACAAGAUACAGCGUUUGAGCCCAAAUAUAAGAAAAAAGGUCGCAGCUCUUCAGCUAAAAUGUAUUCAAGAAAGAAGGGUCACCUAGAAGAAGAAAAAAGGAAAAAAAUUAGAAAGAAAAUGGCGGACGAAAGAAAGCAAAAUAGAGAAGAAAAAAUAGAAUCAGCAAGAAAGACUACAUCAGCAUUAGACAGAUUUAAAAAGAAGCCAAGUUGACAUGAUUAAUAAAACAAAAUAAAUUUUGAUUGAAUACGAA